AUGCUUCUGGCGCGGAUGAACCCGCAGGUGCAGCCGGAGAACGGCGGGGCGGGCCCGGGGUCGGAGCAGCCCCCGCGGAAGCGCAAAGAAGUCUUGGUGGUGAAAGAGCGCAACGGCGUCCAGUGCCUCCUGGCGUCCCGCGACGGCGAUGAGCAGCCCCGGGAGACCUGGGGCAAGAAGAUCGACUUCCUGCUGUCGGUGGUCGGCUUCGCAGUAGAUCUGGCCAACGUGUGGCGCUUCCCCUAUCUCUGCUACAAGAACGGAGGCGGUGCCUUCCUGAUACCGUACACCCUGUUCCUCAUCAUCGCUGGGAUGCCCCUGUUCUACAUGGAGCUGGCUCUGGGCCAGUACAACCGGGAAGGGGCAGCCACCGUGUGGAAGAUCUGCCCAUUCUUCAAAGGAGUUGGCUACGCUGUGAUCCUCAUCGCCCUCUACGUCGGCUUCUACUACAACGUCAUUAUCGCCUGGUCCCUCUACUACCUCUUCUCCUCUUUCACCCUGACCCUGCCCUGGACCGACUGUGGCCACGCCUGGAACAGCCCCAACUGCACCGACCCCAAGCUCCUCAACAGCUCCGUGCUGGGCAACCACACCAAGUACUCCAAGUACAAGUUCACACCUGCAGCAGAGUUUUAUGAGCGUGGUGUCCUGCAUCUGCAUGAGAGCAGUGGGAUUCAUGACAUUGGCCUGCCCCAAUGGCAGCUUUUGCUCUGUCUGAUCGUCGUUGUCAUCGUCCUGUUUUUUAGCCUCUGGAAAGGAGUGAAGACAUCAGGAAAGGUUGUGUGGAUCACGGCCACGCUGCCUUACCUCGUGCUGUUUGUGCUCCUGGUCCAUGGCAUCACGCUGCCCGGCGCCUCCAACGGCAUCAACGCCUACCUGCACAUCGACUUCUACCGCCUAAAAGAGGCCACGGUGUGGAUUGAUGCUGCAACUCAGAUAUUCUUUUCCUUGGGGGCUGGAUUUGGAGUCUUGAUUGCGUUUGCUAGUUACAACAAAUUUGACAAUAACUGCUACAGGGAUGCCCUGCUGACCAGCACCAUCAACUGUGUCACCAGCUUCAUCUCCGGGUUCGCCAUCUUCUCCAUCCUUGGUUACAUGGCCCAUGAACACAAGGUCAACAUUGAGGAUGUCGCCACUGAAGGAGCUGGCCUAGUCUUCAUCCUGUACCCAGAAGCCAUUUCUACCCUCUCGGGAUCCACAUUCUGGGCCAUCGUGUUCUUCGUCAUGCUCCUGGCUCUGGGAAUUGACAGCUCAAUGGGAGGCAUGGAGGCAGUCAUCACCGGCCUGGCUGAUGACUUCCAGGUUCUGAAGCGACACCGGAAACUCUUCACAUUUGCUGUCUCCUUUGGAACCUUCCUUCUGGCUCUGUUUUGCAUAACCAAGGGUGGAAUAUAUGUGCUGACCCUGCUGGACACGUUUGCGGCGGGGACCUCCAUUCUUUUUGCUGUGCUCAUGGAAGCCAUCGGCGUCUCCUGGUUUUAUGGUGUGGACAGGUUCAGCAACGACAUCCAGCAGAUGAUGGGGUUCAAGCCCGGCCUGUACUGGAGACUCUGCUGGAAGUUUGUCAGCCCUGCCUUCCUCCUGUUUGUGGUGGUUGUGAGUAUCAUCAAUUUCAAGCCACUCACUUACGAUGACUACAUCUUCCCACUCUGGGCCAACUGGGUCGGAUGGGGCAUCGCGGGCUCCUCCAUGGUUCUGGUGCCCGCCUAUGUCGUCUACAAGUUCUUCAGCACCCGGGGCUCCAUUCGAGAGAGACUGGCCUAUGGCAUAACUCCAGAGAGCGAGCAUCACCUGGUGGCCCAGAGGGACAUCAGGCAGUUCCAAUUGCAGCACUGGCUGGCCAUCUGAACCUGGCCCCGAGGAGGAACCCUGCAGCGCCAACGUUCAGGUCAAAGGCCACCCCGGACACUGUCUUGGGAUUCCUCUCCGACCCCCUCUUCUUCCUCUUUUCCAAGUUGCCACUGAUUUAAUGACCUGGUUUUCUUUCACCUUCUGUUCACCUGGCCCGAGGGCUGUGGGCUUUUGGAUUGCUAAGCCUCGUGGGAGAAGAGGAGAGGAGGGAACAGGAAAAAUGACUUCUGUUGAACCUCUUUAGUUUCAAGGAAGUCUCCCCCCAGCUGUGGGAGCCAGCUGGGGCUGAGGUUCGUGUCUCAGGCAGAACUCCCUACCAUGCUGGCUGGUACUUUGGGCCACAGAAGAAAUCUUCAGUCCACCAAAUCAGACAGAGGAUGUUGCUUUUUGGGUCAGACACUGUAAAACCAAAACAUGAAUAAGCAGCCAGGCUGAGUUUGGGGGGCAAGGGAGUGGUACCUAGAUCUUACCUCUCUCCUUUGCCCUGGUCAGUGCUGGACCUUGAUCAGGGAGCUUUGGGGAUAUUUGUCGCUGUUAUGAAGUCCAUGGAUAGAACCUCUGGGGGGAUCAUGAACAUAAAUCUUCAUGGUUUUCAUUCCAGUUGACCUGGGUUUGAUUUGUGUGUGUUCUGGGACAUUCUUCUGGCUUCUGGUGCUCAGAGGGCCCAGAGCUGUGGGUGUCAUAGUAAGUGGCUUCUAAUAGGAACCAGAUGGGUCUAUAGAGGCCACAUGCG